UUUUCUUUCAAUCAUUCACCACUGGAUUUGCUUUGUUCCAACUCUCCGUGGAUCCUGCAGCUUUUGGGGAGCUCUGACACCACAAUUCCCAGGCUAAGGAGUUUUGUUUUCAUGGUGCCUCAGCAUUGUCAGGCAAACAACUCCAGCACGUGCAGCUGCUCUGGAGGAUCCAUCUGACUGUGCCUGAGCCUUCUGCUUUUCUUCUGGAGCUGCUGGAGGGGAAACUUGCUGCACAUCAGCACAGCCUCCUGCUUUGGGGAGGGCUACAGCUCCUGUGUUCUGUGUGCUUUCCAUGAGCUUUUGAUAAAUAGCGACCUCCUGCCAGCCUUGAGAUCUCUGUUUGCCUCUUCUGAUGUCUCCAGCCGUGUCUUGGGUGUUUGGCUUUGACUGAAACACUCUCAGGAACUGACGUGGUGCAACAGUGGGAUUUGUAGUUCCUGAAUCCUGCCUGGCUGAUCCAAGAGGAGGAGGAAGGGGAGAACCUCCUGUCUGUGCCACUCUUCAGCUCUGCACCUUCAGGCUGCAGCUGCAGCUCUGGACCCCCACCCUGCUGAAGCCACUGGGCUGCUUGGUGCUUCCCAGCAGGGUGAGAGAGAAAUGCUGAAAUAGAGAGAAGAAUGCUGAAUUUCUGACCAGGAAACACAGAAUCCUUCAAGGAGACCCACCUUCAGCAUGGCCCAGAAAAGCCAAACGGGUGGAACUGAACAAAAUGAGUCCUCCCUCCUGUACAGCAAGGGUGAUUUCAAGGAAGGAGCCCUGCAGUGGGUGACAGACCCUCCCCAGGGCCGGGUGCUGCUGGUGCUCAGCAUGGACAACACCUGCCCCACCUCCUCCUUUGACAUGGACCUUUGUGCCCAGAAACUGCAGGCCCUCGGGGUCCAGGUGAGCUCUCUGGAGUUAAUCCCACUAAACGUGAACACAGAUGUGAGGCUGGCAGCUGUCAAUGAAAUCUUUAUCAAACACAACAUAAUCCUGGGGAUUACAGAUGUCCUGGACGGGCCACACAACAUCCUGCAACUGUGGUUUGUGCACUUCAACCCUGAGCAUUGCCUGCAGGCCCUGUCAGCCCACAUCACUCACCUGCAGGGGACACAGGCAGGCUUGAGGCACAGGCUGAACAAGCUCCGUGUGGUCAUGGAUGUGGCAGUUCAGCCCGAGCUGGGGAUGGAGGAGGAGGAGGCUCCAUGUGAAGAAUCCCCUCUUUUAUCCAACGGGGUGACCCUGAAUAAAGAUCCUGUGACCUGCAAGGAGCUCCUGCACCUCAUCCCCCAGGGCCCACCCGAGGCCAUGGCCCAGCAGCUCCUGGUGAUCUUCAGUGGCUGCUACGUGCGGCUCCUGGCCACGGGCCGGCUCCCUCGGGCCAGGGCAGGGGGACACCUGGGGCACAGCAGCGUUCCCUGCCUGUGCCAGUUCAUCCAGAGCACCGUGCUCCAGCCCCACCACGGCUGGGCCAGGUGACCAGAGGGGGCUGGAAAGCACCGAAAUAGAGCUGUGCCCACACACCAGCGUGGAGAAACCGUGGGGCAGAGAAGGGAGCUGUAAUUCCUUGUCGUGGCUGAACGAGUGGAAAUAGGACUGUAAUAAACCAUGCACGAAAGCUGCUCA